UCCACGGUUUUCCUCGUAGUUCGAUAUUUGCGGAGUUCAGACUGUUUAUUGACUGUGUUAAAAUGAGUUAUUCUGGUUACUACAGAGGAAGAGGUGGUGGCCCUCGAGGCCCACCCCGUGGUGGCGGACCUCGGCAACCUGGCGGAUAUGGACCACCCCCACUACCACCUGACAUGAUAUACAAAUCAUUUGACCCUCUAGAGUCAAAGCACUUGUUCCAACGGGUAGCACCUGAGAAAGAUGACACAGAACUGUCUCAAGCAAUCAUCGCCAAGAAUCUGGAGCUCACCCCGCCUCCUGAAGAGCUUGCUAAGCUGCAAGAACAGGUUACAAAGUUAACGAGUAUAGUCGACACUCUGGUCGUCAGUCCUGCACCAGAAGUCGAUAUCGAGGAGAUGCGUGUAGUGGGUUCCUUCAAGAAAGGCACUAUUCUAGCCGGUCAUAAGACAGCUGAUAUCGUACUGAUCAUCAAACAUCUUCCUACUCUCGAGGACAUCACCAACAUUCAGAACCUGAUGAAAGAGAAGAUGAACGCUCAGCAGCCAGAAAAGAGCGAAAGAAAGCGACCACUAAGUCACAUGAGUCUGGUUAGCUAUACCUUCAAUGGAUCCACCCUGAACGUGUUUGUUACGACCCUUCCCAACAACACCAAGGAAACAAUCGACCCUGAAAAACAUCUGAAAUUAGAAAAUUUAAAGAACAGUUUGGCUGCAAUUCGUCACGCAAGAUGGUUUGAAGAGAAUGCUUACCAGUCUAGUAUCAGAAUCUUGGUGAGAAUACUCAAAGACUUCAAGAAGAGGAUCCCCUUCUUCAUGAAUGUGAACCCUUGGACUAUCGACUUACUAGCGCAUCACUCUGCAGUUUCUAACACUAAUGGGAACACACUAUCUGUGCCUCAAGUUUUCAGACGAUGUUUGCAGUUACUGGCAGCUGGUAUUCUUCUCCCUGGCUCAGCCUCUAUCUCAGACCCUUGCGAACCCGGUUUCGUGAAAGCACACUCCUUCAUGAGUUACGAACAUCAAGAUGAAUUGGCCUGCGGAGCUCAAACCCUACUCAGAGCCCUCUCCCACGGAGGCUACAAAGAAAUCCUGGCCAUGAAAGGAGCUAGGAAGAUUACCUUUGAGAAUGCUGUGAUGUUUGAUGGAAUAAUUGUUACCCCCUCCAAGCUGGCUUACGAGAAACCUACAGAACCUGCUGAGGCUAUGGAGACGAACGGCUCAUAGUUUCCACAACCAGAAGAGAUUUCCAGAUAGGAGAUGUUUCAUCAACAAUUAAUUGUUACAUUCAGUGGUUCAUUUAACCUCAGAAAAUCGU